CAGCUGACGAAGUUGACCUGCUAGGCACAAUCUCCUUUAUGGUCGGAAUCCCAAUGUGUCUAGUUGCUGCAUACAUUACAAACACAUUUGGUUUAAAAACAGGUAUAUAUGCUGGGAGUGUGUUGACCCUGCUGGGUGGAGGUGUACGGGCUCUCUCCACACUACCUGGUCUAAACACCUACAUUUCACUGAACUGGCAGUAUUAUUUAAGCCUAGCUGGACAGGCACUCACUGGCAUGGGAAAUCCAUUUGCGGUCAGUCUGCCUACCAAGGUAAGUCAGAACUGGUUUGGAGAGAAGGAGCGUAUUGUUGCUACGGGUGUUCUAGCAAUGUCUCUUCCCCUAGGUAUAGUACUUGGACAGGGUUGCUCCCCUAUCUUCGUUAGAACGGCCUCUGAUGUGCCUGUCAUGAAUUUGGUUUGGUUUGGCCCUGCUGUUUUGACGCAGAUUUUGGUCGUUUUUGCUGUUACAAGCUCUAAUCCUCCUACUCCUGCCUGCCUUAGUUCCAAGCUGGCACUAGAAGCAGAGAAAAAAACUACAUUUAAGGAUUAUUUGAUAAUCUUAAAAACAAUGAUGUGUAAUAUUCCUUUCUUGGUUCUUUUUCUAGUUAUAGGUGGAGCAGUUGGAUUUUUUAACGCUUUUUCUACACAACUCAGUCAGUUAAUGUGCUCAAGAGGUUAUGAUAACAUUAGUUCUGGUAUUGCUGGUUCUCUUCUCCUUGGAACAGGCUUCGUUGGGGCAACAGCCAGUGGAAUAUUAGUGGAGAAAUAUGGAUAUAUUGAAGAAAUAUCUAAAGUAUUCUACGGUAUUGCAGGAAUCUGGGGGAUUCUUAUAGCAGAGUUUAUGAGAAAACCAGACUCACAGGUUAGUUUAUGAGAACACCAGACUCACAGGUUAGUUUAUGAGAAAACCAGACUCAC